AUGAAAUCGCAGGGGCGGCAGGUGGCUGCGUACUACGAAUCACAGAACGAGCUUAUUGCCGAGCUCCUAGGCGUCAACAAGCAGCAUACGGAUGAUGUAAUUGAGCUGCAGUCAGAGCAGCGGCGGCGCAAGCAGCGGCAGGUGGACAUGGCGGUGCGUGUGUCGGUGUUUGUCAAUGUGCUGGUAGUGCUGGCGCAGCUGUAUGCAGCAAUCUCAUCGAAAUCGCUGUCUCUGUUUGCCGCUAUGAGUGAGGCCAUGAUGGACCUCCUGUCGUCAAUUAUCCUGCUCCUGGCGUCCAUUGCCGCGCGCCGCCGCGACAGGUUCUCGCUGUACCCGUCGGGCCGGUAUAAGCUCGAGACCAUCGGCGUGAUCGUAUUUGCCGUCCUGAUGGGUACUUUCUCGGUUGCGCUGCUGGCUGAGUCUAUCCAGGCACUGCUGUCGUCAAGGAACGAGCCAAACCAGCUGUCGCUGUACGAUGGCAUCUGCGUGCUGGCGGCGCUAGUGGCCAAAAUCGGCCUGUUCUUCUACUGCUACACGCUGCGCGAGUACAAUUCGGCACAUGUGCUGAUGACCGACCACCGCAACGACGUGUUUGUGAACUCGUUUGGCCUUACCAUGGCCAUCAUCGGCAAGCACCUUUGGCCCUGGAUGGACCCGGUGGGCUCGCUGAUCAUUGCGCUAAUGAUCCUGAGUUCGUGGGUCGAGGAGGCGUGGGACCAGGUCAAGUUGAUCGUAGGCAUCAGCGCCGACCCACACUUGCUGCAGAUAUUGACGUACACGGCGAUAACACAUGACCCAAGAAUCGACAAGGUCGACCGGGUGGUCGCUUACCACUCAGGGUCCAAGCUAUUUGUCGAGGUCGACAUUGUUAUGCCGCCCAGCACACCACUGAUUGUGCUGCACGACGUCGCCGAGUCGCUGCAGGAGAAGUACGAGAACAUGCCGGACAUUGGUCGGUGCCAUGUCCAUGUUGACUAUGAGGUUACUCACCGGUCGGAGCAUCGCAACGCUGAGGCUUAA